CCUCCACAUAAACGCUACCUUUUGCGAUUCCCAAAACGAGAACUAAACAUCGCAACACAAAAUUCUUGAUAUUCAUAAAAUCAAAUCGUCUAUUCUGUGGCUGAAAACCAUUAAUCUUAACCCUGUUUGUGUUAGAUCGGACAGAUAAUCGUGAAUAUCGAGAAUCAAUCUUGUUUUCUGAUAGGUUUAGGGUUUGUUGAUUUUCAUUUUGGUCUGGUAUGUGAUGUUUGAUCAGUAAUUUAGCUACAAUUGUGUUUGAAUCGCGAUUAUUUUUCAUUUACUUAUUUUAUUGUUUAGCGAUCUCGAAAUUAGGAGCCUUAGGGUUUUGAAUUUGUUGUAGUUUUCUUUUCGAUCUGUUUGGAAUCAUCGUUUGAAUUUGAAAGAGGUUAUCGAUUUGUUGAUACCAACUUGUUCUCGGAGGCUUAUAGACUGAUUUCAGUUAGCAGUCCUGAUGAACGAUCAGUCUCAGAUGAUGAAUCAAUCGAAAAUGGCGAAUCAGUCGCAGAUGAUGAGUAUCGGACAGCCGUUGCCGCCUGUGAUGAGUCAGCCACAGCAGGUAAUGAAUAACCAGAACCCUCAGAUGUUUGUGAACCAAUUGAUGAAUCCUUCGCAAAUGAUGGUGAAUCAAUCGUUGAACCACCGUGGUGGUGGUGGUGGCUAUGGAAUGUGGCCUCCGCCACAAGUGGAUCAACUCAAGUUCCAAAACCUUAACAUGAAGCCUUCUGGACUUCCUUCUUCUUCAUUGAAGUCUAUGGGACCAAGAAACAACAAGAAUUGGAAAGGGAAGAAAGGAAAUGACAAAUGGAUGAAUAACAACAACAACCGGAAGGAAUUACCGGUGAUGGGCGGAGGUGGUAGUCUUAUCAACAACACCGGCGGCGGUGGGGCUGGAUAUAACCCCCCUACGCUUAACGAACUACAACAACAGAAUCGUUUGAAAGCUAGAAGAUACUUCCCGAAGAAGAAGUUCAAUCAUAACGGCAGAUCCGCUCCUUUUGCUCCAAGAAACACCACAUCGUUUCUAAUCCGCGCCAAAAAAGCCGGCGGCAUUACAUCUCUGGUAUCACCAUGUCCGGUAACACCUGCUGUUCUACCUACUCCGAUUUUCUCUCCAUCCAGAGAAGUUUUAGUAGACAUGGCGAAAGAAGAGUGGGGUGUUGAUGGGUAUGGAUCAAUGAAAGGGUUAAUCAGACUUAGAUCAAAUGAAGCCGAAGCACCUGAAGAAGAUGAAGAAGAUGAAGGUGGGUCAAGUGAGAGUGACGUUGAAGAACAUGUUGAGGUAGAAAGGAGACUGGAUCAUGACUUGAGCAGGUUUGAAAUGAUUUACCCAAACUACAAUGGCGCUGAUCAUAGUAGUUAUCUUUUGGAAAACAGAGUUGAUGAUCAAGAUACACAUAUAGCUCAACUGGAAGAAGAGAACCUGAUACUGAAGGAAAGAUUGUUCUUGAUGGAAAGGGAGUUUGAUGAUUUGAGGAUGAGAUUGCAGUGUUUGGAGAGACAAGGUAGGGGAGCUGAAAGACUUAUUGAAGAGGUUGUGGAGAAUGAUUCUGAAAAUGAAAGUGAAAGCAGGGGGUAUGGAAGAUCAAUGGAGGAUAACAAUGAAAGAAGUCAAUGUUCAGAGGAUAAUAACAAUGGAGAUAAUAAUAAUAAUAAUACUGAAUUAAAGCAAUCAGAUAGCAUUGAAAAGGGUGUUCAGACAAUCGAAGAUGUAAAGGAAAACGAUGACAAGAAGAAUGAAGUGUUGGAAGAAAAUGGUAAAGAAGAAGUUGUAAAGGAGGAAGAAAGAGUUGCAGAUAUGGUAUUAUGAGGUAAGAAAUCAUAGAAAUAUAAAUUCCUGUGUUAAUAUGGAAUCUGUUCUUCUGUCAAGUUUCUUCAUCAAUCCAAGUUAUUAUCCAUAUUUGCAAAACAUGACAGAAGCUUGAAGUCUUUUUUUUUUUUUUUUUGGAGUUUUAGGUGAAAAUAGGGUACUUAUGUUGUUGAAGCAGUUGAUGUAAACAUUUGGCCUGAUGUUUUUAAAUAAUAUUGUCGUUCAUGAUUUCUUUUAUAAAAGGAAGGUAAUGUUUUUUUAA